AGGGUACAUGCUUGUGAUUCUCAAUGGAGAGUGAAAGCACAGAUUCAUAAUGAAAACGAGCCCCCGUCGGCCACUGAUUCUCAAAAGACGGAGGCUGCCCCUUCCUGUUCAAAAUGCCCCAGGUGAAACAUCAGAGGAAGAACGUAAGAGACCCCAGCAAGAGUCUAGUCAAGGACAGGCCUCCAAGGAAGUGGCAGAGUCCAAGUCUUGCAAGUUUCCAGCAGGGAUCAAGAUUAUUAACCACCCUACCAUGCCCAACACCCAAGUAGUGGCUAUCCCCAACAAUGCCAAUAUCCAGAGCAUCAUCACAGCUUUGACUGCCAAAGGAAAGGAGAGUGGCAGCAGCGGGCCAAACAAAUUCAUUCUCAUCAGCUGUGGGGGAGCCCCAACUCACCCUCCAGGACCCCAUCCUCAAGACCAAACCAGCAAUGAUUCCAAGAGGACAGAAGUGAUCCCCGAGACGCUGGGACCAAAACCUGCAGCUAAGGACGCGAAUCUUCCUAGAACAACUGGAGCCAUUCCCGGGAAGAGACAGGAGAGCUGUGCUGGUGGUGAGGCAGCAGGCUGCACUCUUGACAACAGCUUAACCAAUAUCCAGUGGCUUGGAAAGAUGAGUUCUGAUGGACUGGGCUCCUGCAGCAUCAAGCAAGAGAAGGAGGAAAAAGAAAAUCGUCACCUGGAGCAGAGUCAGGUUAAGGUUGAGGAGCCCUCAGGAGCAUCAACAUCCUGGCAGGACUCUGUAUCUGAGCGGCCGCCCUACUCUUAUAUGGCCAUGAUACAAUUUGCCAUCAACAGCACUGAGAGGAAGCGCAUGACCUUGAAAGACAUCUAUACUUGGAUCGAGGACCACUUCCCCUAUUUCAAGCACAUUGCCAAGCCAGGCUGGAAGAAUUCCAUUCGCCAUAACCUUUCUCUCCAUGACAUGUUUGUUCGGGAAACGUCUGCCAAUGGCAAGGUCUCCUUUUGGACCAUUCACCCCAGUGCCAAUCGCUACUUGACGUUGGACCAGGUGUUUAAGCCACUGGACCCAGGGUCUCCACAGUCACCUGAGCACUUGGAAUCACAGCAGAAACGACCCAAUCCUGAGCUCCGCCGGAAUGUGACCAUCAAAACUGAACUCCCACUGGGCGCACGGCGGAAGAUGAAACCACUGCUGCCACGGGUCAGCUCAUACCUGGUGCCCAUCCGGUUCCCGAUGAACCAGCCACUGGUGUUGCAGCCCUCAGUGAAGGUGCCAUUGCCACUGGCAGCCUCGCUCAUGAGCUCAGAGCUCGCCCGCCACAGCAAGCGAGUCCGCAUCGCCCCCAAGGUACAGCUAGCCGAUGAGGGGAUUGCCCCUCUCCCUACUGCAGGACCAGUGAAAGAGGAGAAACUCUGUCUUGGAGAAGGGCUUGCUUCUUUGCUUCCAGUUCAGUGCAUCAAGGAAGAAGAAAUCCAGCCUGGGGAAGAAAUGCCACACCUAGCAAGACCCAUCAAAGUGGAGAGCCCUCCUUUAGAAGAGUGGCCCUCCCCAUCCCUGUCUUUCAAAGAGCAAUCCUCCCACUCCUGGGAGGAUUCGUCCCACUCUCCUACCCCAAGGCCCAAGAAGUCCUGCAGUGGGCUCAAGUCCCCAGCCCGGUGUGUCUCUGAAAUGCUCAUGAUUAAACGAAGGGAGAGGAGGGAGCUGAGCCGUUCUCGAAGAAAACAGCAUCUACUGCCUCCCUGUUUGGAUGAGCCUGAGCUGCUCUUCUCGGAGGGUCCUGGUACUUCCCGACCAUCCACAGAACUCCCUUUCCUGGCAGACUCCUCUGAGCCUGCCUCCCAGCUUGGCUACUCCCAGGAUGAGGGAGGACCUUUCAAGACACCCAUUAAGGAGAUGCUGCCCAUCUCUUCAACCCCGAGCAAAUCUGUCCUCCCCAGAACCCCUGAAUCCUGGAGUCUCACACCCCCAGCCAAAGCGGCAGGGCUAGAUUUCAGCCCAGUGCAAACCCCCCAGGGUGCCCUUGGCCCCCUGCCUGACUCCUUGGGGCUGAUGGAUCUCAGCACCACCCCACUGAAAAAUAUUCCCCUCUUUGACUCACCCCGAGAGCUCCUCAAUUCAGAACCCUUUGACCUUGCCUCUGAACCCUUUAGUAGCUCUUCCCCGUCAAAUAUGGAGGUCCCCAAGCCAGGCUCUCUGGAGCCACAGGUUCCCAGCCUUUCAGCCAAUCGUUCUCUGACAGAAGGCCUGGUUCUGGACACAAUGAAUGAUAGCCUCAGCAAGAUCCUCCUGGACAUCAGCUUCCCUGGCCUAGAGGAGGACUUGUUAGGCCCUGACAACAUCAACUGGUCUCAGUUCAUUCCCGAGCUACGGUAGAAACCUGCCCUUGCCCUUGCCUCUCAAGCCGUCCACCAUUCUGGGCACUUGUGGCUGGGCAGUCCCAGGCUCAGUGCACCCCAAGCCUUCCGACUGAGGACAGCGGGCAGCGACUGUUCCACUCCCAUGCCAAGGCAGCAGUCACACCUUAGCCAAGAGAAUCCAAUUCUUCUCCCUGCCAGCAGCUGGUAGGUGGGAAAAGCAAAAGCAAUGGUCAAAGGAGAUUAGCAGCUCCCCAAACUGUUUCCAGUCUGUGCCCUGCAGUCUCUCACUUUCCCUGCUCCUUGCAGGACAGCCUUGUAAAUAGUGCAAAUUCUGCAAAUUCUCCUCUAAUAAUAAAUGUAAGCUAAUUUGCCUAGAUCGUUAUCUAGAGACUGCCAGGAGGUAAGUAGGAUGACAAGGGGUUUCAGAUUGCUUUUCUUCCUUGCUUUUAGUUCCUAGAAAAGGGAGGACCUGAAGCACACAGUUUCUUCCAGGCCCAAGGUUCCUGGCUCAAGGGUUCUUUACCCCAGUUACCAAGACAAGUGGAUCUACUUGCCGGGGUCCCUCUCACUGCCCCUCCCUCCCACCUCCCCAUGUUUCCAAGUCAGCUUUGCUGCAAAAAGAAAUCCUGGGUUAAAAGGUCUCUUGUAUUAGGUUAAGAGUUGAAUUUGGGGUGGGGGGAUGGAUGCACCUGAAGCAAAGAGUGUGAGCACCCAGAUGUGCCCCCAUUAGAUGUUUCUCUGAUAAUGUCCUUAAUCAUGCCAGGGAGACGAGCACCGAUGAGAACUCGGGCAGAGGCUUGAGAAGGCUGAAAGGGCCCCUGACCUGCCUGCUUCCUUAGCUUGCACCUCAGCUCUGCAGAGAGCCACCCUGGGCCCCAGCUGACCACGUGUACGUGAGCCAGCUCAAGAACACUACUGUAACUACCUGCUCAAUAAAAUCCAGGGUGGAAAUGCU